AUGUCGCAGCCCUACCAGCACCAGCCCGCGCCGGGUUACAAUGGUUCCUAUGGCAAUGCUACUACUCACCUCAAUCGCCGUAUGGUCAAGGACAAACCUACAGUCCAUCGCCAUUCCCACAGCUCGGUAGUCAGCCACCUGCUCCGCCUUUUCAAGCAGUCGCUGGCUCAGGCGCAGGCGCAGGUCCCUCCACCAGCGCCUUCGUUCCCUUUUUCGACCGCACCCUUUCCUCCUGAUAUGCUCAAGCAGUUUGCUGGCGCGAACAUACCACUACCGCCGCCAGGCUUUCCUCCUGUUCCUCCACCAAGCCUCGGGUUUCCUCCAUUCCCACCACUGCCUCAAGUGCAACAGACUCAGCCUCGACCCUAUUCACCAUCUCAGCAGGUUCGUUCAGAAGAGGGUGACGACGCGUACGACCCACGGUAUCCGCAAGGGAUUCCCCAGAAUGUGCCACAAGCGGCGCUAGGAAGAACAACUAGCAAUCUAGCAUCACAUAAUUCUCAGGCGCCGAGUCAGGCCCAGGUGCAGGCGUCACCACACUCCAAUGUUGGCGGCGAGCCACGCUACCGCGCUGACAUUGCCCAGUUGCUUCCAAAUCUUGAUGGGUCGUUCCUAUCAAUACAGCGUCAUCCCGAACCUCCUCAGCCCACGUCGAGAUUCCCGCAAGAUAUCACUAUGGGCAACACAAUCUCAAAGCUAAGUGAGGAAGAGGAGACUUCUGCAUCAGUGGUGCCUUCGGAUGCGAAACCUAAGUCACAAUCGGCGCCUGAGCACCUCUCUGCGGUGGCCCGACAUGACGAUGCACACGCGGCUGCCAGUUCUUCGGGUGCUGACAAGUCCACUGCUUACUAUGAUACAAUGGACGCCGCUGAACUACGGGAGGCUGCCAAGACAGCUUUCGAGCUGGGCACCGGUACGGGACCUCCAGUUGCAACGAAUGACAAUGAGGGGACAAAGUCGCCAUCGGCAGAACCGGUCACGAAAGGACAUCCCACAAGUGCAGUCAUUGCGCCCACUAAUUCAACCGCAAGUCCGAGUCUCGAGAGGAAAGAUAGGAUCGCUCAGCUCCUUGCGGCUAGGGUCAGCAAAUCUGGCCCAUCUCCAUUAGCCUCAGCCGAAGUGCAGCAGUCAGAUGCCGAUGCCGCGGCGAAACCACUCCUGAACGGCGGAGCUGUCACUGACGCUGCAACUCCCUCGACGAAGAACGUCAAUACGUCUGACAAGCCCAGCGUCGACCAGUUGGAAACUGAGAGGCCAGAGUCGGCCCACGCAUUUGUCCAGCCCAGAUCAGUGUCAACGCUUCCAGGUCUUGGAAUGAUGUCAACCGAUUCUGAUGUGGAGGAUACCGUAACGUCAAGUAAACGACACCUGGACAAUGGAGAUGCCUUACAAAACGGCACUCGAAAACGUCGAAACACUGGCUCGUCGUCUCGCGAGGAUACAGAGAUGGAAAUUGACGACUCGUCGCAGAGUGCCUCGGAAGGGGAAGUCGUUGAGUCUCCACGGAUUGCUCAGAUCUCGCCGCCGAAGAGCGACAUCGCCGUUGACAGUGCAGUGGGCGAGAUCAAAACAACGACGCCUCCAGCCAAAACUUUUUCUCCCAUCGGAGGCGCUAAGCUUACACGGGAAGAGAUCGCUGAGAAGGCCAGACAAUUGAAGGCACAGUUCUUACAAAAGCGGGCAAGGCAGCAAGCUGCACAAGAAGGACUUGCUCGGUCCGACAGUGAGGUCAAGGAGUCAGAGAAGGCCCUGAGUGAGCAGCGUUCGCGCUUACGAGAAGUCAGACAACACAUUUCAAAGAUGGAAGCCGAUCUGGAGGUCAGUCGAAAGGAGGAAGACGAUCUGUUGGCCAAAAUCCGACGCUCGGAAGAGGUUCUGGAACAAACCUUAGCACGCCAGAAAGACAUCAAGGAGAGUCUGCAAUCUCUCAAGGUUCAGCAAAAUGCGACGACUACCGCUCAGAGUGAGACAAAGACCACGCCGGAGGUGGACGCCGCUGCUCAAGUACAAGUGCAGCAAGACGGACCAACCACCAUAGUAGGUGAUGCUACAUUGCGCACUGAGCCAAGGUUUUCUGAUGUGGCACCGGAAAAUGAACCAAUUACCGACAUCGGUCCAGUGGAGGAGCUGGCACAACCUGCUCCUACCUCGCCUGUAUCCAACCAGAACGAAGACGUCGAGUCCGAUUCGUACGAACCACACGCACCGAAUGACGAUCCUUUGGGCAACGAACGUGGUGAGCCGGACGUGGACAAUGUCAUGGCACCGGAUGAGGCGAGCAACGACGAGAGGAGCCAAAGUCCAAGACCUGUGUCCGAAGGUGACGUGCACGAGAACGCUCACAGUGACGGCAGUGCAAGUAUGCUUGACAGCGCUUCAGAAGGCAGUCGCGAUGAGGGCGAAUACUCCGCUGCUGAGGAGGACGACUUUACUCAGCCCAUGGAGCUGGACAAUGAUUCCGAUGAAUACGAGCCCACGGAAGCUCCUGUGGACACAGGGAAUGCUUCGGUCCCCGUUGAAGAGGACUCUCAACCGUUGCAGGUCAACACUGUCGAGAAUGGUGAAGCAGACGAAGCCGACACUGCCAAAGACCAUGCAGCAAGUGCCAACUCAGAUCAACCUCAUGCGUCACAGAAGUUGGAUGAGGGGGGGCAGGGUGGUCCUUCGGCCACUGCGGAGUCACGACAGAGAAAUGGCAUGGACUACAACUAUCCACGCAACGCACGUAGUGCUCCGGCCAGACCGAACGGACGAUGGGGUCAACAGCGACCAACACUGGAGCCUCUCGGCGCCAAAGCUGGCGUCAACAAAUCGGCCAGCUUUUCUGCGUACCAGUCGCCUCUGACAGCGUUUCCAUCGUUUCGCUACAGCGAAAGCUUUAGCGAGAGCGCCAAGGACGGAUAUCGAUCAUUAACAUACAGCAACACUAUCGACCCAGGCAAACCCUUGUGUCGGACGGAGCUUGCAGGUGAUACGUGCCAGGAUCCACAGUGCGAAGAUCAGCACUUCCGGCAUCUUCGCAUGAGCGACGACAAGAUCCUGGCGUCGAUGUCAUCUGCUGCAGAGUUCACUGACCAAGCUGUUCGUGAUCGCUAUUUGAUGGGCCUCAAGGGUGUCAUCGCUGACUUAAGAGCUCGCAAUGUGCGUGAUUUUGAAGACGUCGCUGGUGCUCUCUCAGAAUAUCGCCGCAAGUUCGUCGCAGGCGAAUCGUAG